AUGACAAAAAAUCCAAAGUCUACGUCUCCACCAACAAAUAUGCCGCUCUCGGGGACGAUUUUGAUUCAUCAAACAAAGUCUUCAGCCAACCCCCGGUAUCAACCUCACCUUCCAUUGAAGAGGCAGUCACGGUCGACUCCGAAACACCGGAUAACAGCCCCUCGAAUCAUCGUUGAAAAAUCAAGAUUAACAAAAACUAGAGGUCACCCUCAAUGCAAGCGUUGA